CAUUCUCUGACUGAAAGGAUUGCUCUUGCAUGCUACUAGUUCAAUCCUUCAGACCUGAAAGACGCAGGUGAGAAACAUGGGUAAGAAUCCUGUACCCUCGCGGGGUUGGUUUGCACACAAGCUUCCGGAAACAUACUGAAACCGUCCGACGGAGGCUUUCGCGAUGAUUGUGCCAUUUUUUGACAGAUACAGCGAGUGGAAAAAGAACAGAAUCAGUCAUGAAACUAUUUGUCCUUUCUCCCCAAUCAAUUGCUCUUUUGCGUAGCGGGAUUGCUGCUUGUUUGCUUCGUAUUUCAUGACUCCCUAACAAUGCCUCAGCCCGACAAAAUGGCCGCCGUCAAUAAUGCAAUGCCCCAGCCGGCACCAGAAAAGUCGCUAUCCUCUGAUCCUCAGCCUGAAUCAAGCAAGAAAAGCGCCCGAUUCUGGCUCAUCUUCGUGGCUAUUGCCUUGACGACUUUCCUCGCUGCCCUCGACACAUCCAUCAUCUCAACAGCACUACCCACCAUCACCGCUGACCUUGGGUCCGAGUCUCUUUACGUAUGGAUCAUCGACGCAUACCUCCUGGCCUCAACGGCCACCAUCCCCAUCUUUGCUCAAGCCGCCAACAUCUACGGUCGUCGCAGUUUGACCCUCAUCGCCGUUUGCAUCUUCACGCUCGGUAGUGGUCUAUGUGGUGGCGCACAUAACACGGCCAUGAUGGUCGGUGGACGCGCCGUGCAGGGCAUCGGCGGAGGAGGCAUUCUCACCAUGAGUGAGAUUGUCGUAUGUGAUAUGGUCUCCAUCCGAGAACGGGGCAUGUACGCUGGCAUCAUUGGCGGUGUCUGGGCCAUUGCCGCCGUGGUUGCGCCCGUCAUGGGAGGUGCUUUUGCGCAGAACAUCUCGUGGCGAUGGAUCUUCUACAUCAAUCUUCCAAUCGCCGGGGUUUCUCUCGUCGCCUUGGGUCUGUUCCUCAAGCUGGCUCGCCCACCGUCUGGCACCGUCAAGGAGCAGAUGAGCAGGAUAGACUGGGGCGGCAGCGUUCUUCUCAUCGGCUCUGUCACUUCCAUCGUUCUAGCACUGAGCUGGGGUGGCUCUGAACAUCCAUGGUCGGGCUGGCAAACAAUUGUUCCUCUGGUCAUCGGCCUGCUUGCCCUAGUCGCCUUCUUCGCGUACCAAGGCGCACCGUGGCUCAGAGAACCCACCAUGCCUCUGAGGCUAUUCGGCAACCGAACAUCAUCCACAUUGCUCGUCAUCAGCUUCAUCCAUAGCCUUUUACUGUACUGGGUUUGCUACUUUCUUCCAGUUUACUUCCAAGCUGUCAAAGAGGCUAGUCCCACACGCUCAGCAGUCAUGCUCUUCCCCAUUGCCUGUACGAGCGCUCCCGCUGGUGUAGCUGCUGGCAUCACCAUCACCAAGACGGGAAAGUAUCGUGUCUGGCACUUCACCGGAUUUGUACUCAUGUCAAUUGCCUGUGGCCUUUUCACCUUGCUUGAUGCCCAAUCCUCAACUGGACGCUGGGUCGGCUUCCAGAUCUUGUUUGGUGUCGGUACAGGAACAGUGUUUACUUCGACGCUGCCUCCCAUCCUCGCCAGUCUGCCUGAUUCAGACGUCGCCACUGCAACUGGUGCGUGGACGUUCAUCCGCAACUUUGGAUCAAUCUGGGGUGUUGCCAUCCCAGCUGCUGUCUUUAAUAACCAAGUCAAUCAUGCGGCUCCCAAGAUCUCAGACUCGACAGUCAAAAGUCUUCUCGUUGAUGGAGGGGCAUACGAGCAUGCGACCCAGCACUUCAUCAAGAGUCUCUCUCCUAACCCGGAGCUUAAGACCCAAGUUAUCCAGGUGUAUCUAGAGGGACUCAAGGUUGUUUGGCAGGUAUCUCUCGCAUUUUGUCUUCUAGGCUUUAUUCUUUGCUUCUUUGUUCGCUCAUUGACACUGCGUGAUGAACUCAAUACUGAGUUUGGGUUGAAGGAGGAGAAGCCCAACUCGAAGAACAUGUCGAGUGAGGAGGGCGUUGUGAGGGAGUAGACACGCUGAAGGCCCUGAAUGAAACUCGUACCAAAGGGCCAUAACUUGAGCUUUUUUAUUCUAUCAGAUAAUUCUAGUCAAUCAUCUUUUUUCAUAAAUUCUGAAUCUGUUUAUCUACUCAACCUGAUCUCCUUGUUGCCUUGCGUUGUCGAUGGAAUGUUGUUUAC